GUCAGCAAUGACAGCUACAGCCACAGUGGUAAGCAGGUGCCCAGUCCAAGCUUAAUGAAUAGAAAAACAGGAAAAGCAUCUGGUGCAUCUGCCCUUUCAGAGAGUGAUGUGAAAAGAGUGGACGAGAAGUCUUUGGUUUCCACUUUUUCUUCUGGUCAGAAGGAAGGCUGCGUGGGGCAGAGUGAGGGGAAGAGAUCCAAAGAGCAACCUUCUGUCCUCAGCCGAUAUCCUCCUGCUGCACAGGAGCAGAAGUCUUGGAAAGCACCUUCCAAACCUGUUGGUGACACAGGCCUGAGAUCCAAGGCUGAAAAGCCAUCUCAGGUGCUCCAUGGCAACUGCCAAACUGGUGCUGUGGUACGGGAUGAUAAGUCAAGCAAAGGUGAAUCUGUGGCUUCUUCGGCCGAGAAGCCGAAGACAAGUCAGGCUGAAGUCAGUGACUGCUCGGGGGACUCACAGCUCACGAGGGGUAACCACACAUCUUCCAAUGGCACAGCCUCGGCAUACAGGUACCACCUGUCCUCCCAUGUGUCAGCCUCAGACUCUGCUGCUUCGAAAGGAGAAGCAGUGAGCAUUUUUGCUGCAUCACACAGGCAGCCCUUGGAGGGGAGGCCUAAAAGAACAAUAAUCUCCCAGGAAAAAGAAUACACAGACACAUCACUGGAAAGUGCAAAGCCUUCAAUGCUGACAAAGCAUUCCCAUCACUCCAGGAGUCAGGAGGAUGUCCCGCAGGUUCUCACAGGUCUUGAAAAAGAAGACACAAAGCAGUCUUCAAAUUCAGGAGCAGAUCAUCUAAAUGCGGGUUUAAAAACAGACUCCAAAACCAUCCAGAGUAAUCAGGAAAAACCUAAUUCAGAUGAAGAAUCAGGAAGAAGCAAGAAAACAACCAGUCAGUCAGAUUUGGAGACAAGAAAGAAAGGCAGUUCCAAGCAGUUCUCCAGUUCUAGGGGAGUUUUUAGAGCAUCACUUUUUGAAAAUGACAAAACCACUUUAAAUGAUGAAGACUCCACCAAGAGUAUAAAACCAUCAGAUGCCAGCACUGGAGAACUGAAAUCCAGGAGGUCAUUCAGCCCACGAGAAGCUCUGAGAUCAAAAGCUAUCAUUAAACCUGCAAUUGUUGAGAAGGAUAUGAAGGCAGUCAUGGGAGGCAGUCAUGUUCCAGAGGCAGAGUCAGAGAAACAGAAGUCUGCUUUCAAAAUGGUGAAUAAAAUGACUAGCAGCAUCACAAUCUUUCCUUCUGAGCCAACAGCUCCUAGGACCAGUGCAGAUAUAGCAGCAAAGGAAAAGCAUGUUACCACUAGCAACAUCAGAGUUGCUUCGAAUGAGUCUUCACCAUCAAUAACAACCAACCUCCCCACACCCUUUGAGCUAUCCAUUAAUAAAAGUGCUCUGAAAUUACCUGAGACAGACAGAAGUGGAGAGGCAGCGCCGAGAAGUAAAGCCGAAAUGAUGGUCUCCAGAAGCAGCAUUAUGCUAAAGACUUCUGAGCUCACAGAGAGGAGCAGUGAGACACCUUCAGAGACAAUCAACUGGAAGAGCCAUAGCUCUUCAGAUGCAUCUUCGUCUGAAACAAAGCAUGUCACUGUGAGAAGUGCCUGGAGAACACGACAAGGCUUACAUUCCCUGGAGGACUCUCAAACCAAAGUGGAGAAAAGUGCAGCUUCUAGUACUACAAGCUUGUGUAGGUUCUCAGUGGACCUCUCAGAAGUGGAAGGGAACAGUGCAAGAGCAGAGUCCCUGGAGCAGACCUCAGCAAGGACCAGUGCCACGGCUAAUUCCUGGAGUGCCCCUGGACUGGGGUCCCGAAGGACCAAAAGUAACUUAAGUGCAUCUGAACUGCUAACACGCAGGAGCUACACAGGUGAUCCUACAGCAGCUGCUGGUUGGCACCGGACCACACUACCU